AUGGCAGCCUUGCAGGCGCCGCUGGCCAAGUCCCUGCUGGAGCUCGAGGGCGUGCGCGAGGUGCUGCUGGCAUCUGGCCACGUGACGGUGACCAAGGCCACCAUCGCCGACUGGGAGGAGCUGCAGGAAGUGGUGGAGAAAGAGAUCAGCCAGUUCUACCAGGCUGGAAAGCCGGCUGUGGACCCGGACGCAGUGGAGAGCAUCGAUCCCCAGGAUUUCGAGGAAGGAAGCAUCGAGGCUCAGAUCCUCGAGCUCUUGGAGGAGCGGGUCAAGCCUUUUGUUCAGCAGGAUGGAGGGGACAUCGAGUUCGUCCGCUUCGACCACAAGGACGGCAGCCUCUACGUGCGGAUGGUGGGCUCCUGCUCGGGCUGCGCCAUGUCCCACGCGACCUUGCAGGAGGGCGUCAAGAACUUGAUGGACCACUACCUCCCCGCGGUGAAGCAGAUCGUGGGGCUGAACGAUGAGAUGGACGAAGACGUGCCGCGGCCAGGUCGCUGA